AUGGCUUCCCCUCACUUGGACACGCUAGGGAGAAUCUUUACAGACAUACGGAGCAAAUAUGAAGAAGUAAGACAGAAGGCAACUAAUGAGUUGAAGAUACACCUGGAAGUUGUUUCCCGAGAGUACUCCAGCGAACAGCUGUCGAGAUAUCACUCAGAGGUAAAUCGUCGAGUGUCGGAGUUCAUCCACAGCAGCGAUACCACCGAUAAGAUUGGGGGGAUUCUAGCCCUCGGUGUGCUCAUAGAUGUCGACCACGACGAUAGCACCCAAAAAACUACACGAUACGCGAAUUACUUACGAAGUAUAAUGAGGGGGAACGACAACCAUUGUAUGGUUCUUGCUGCUAAAACCCUAGGGCAACUUGCAGCGCCAGGGGGAACCUUGACUUCUGAGUUGGUGGAAAGCGAGGUCAAGCAGGCUCUUGAGUGGCUACAAAUCGAUCGGCAGGAGAAUAGACGCUUUGCUUCUGCAUUACUCCUGAGAGAGUUGGCGAGAAGCUCGCCAACACUGAUCUAUGGCUUCAUCAGUCAGAUAUUGGACCUGAUAUGGGUGGCAUUACGGGACCAGAAGGUUUUGAUUAGGGAGACAGCCGCGGAGGCCUUGGGUGUGUGUCUGGCAAUCAUGAAACAUCGCGACACAACAAAUCGGGAUAUGUGGUAUGCAAAAAUUCUAGAGGAGGCAAAAAUAGGACUACGGUCCGCUUCAGCAGACUGCAUACAUGGGAGUCUCUUGAUCUAUCUACAGUUAUUAGAUUCCGCAGGGAUGUUUAUGCAGGACAGCUACCGGGAGACUUGUGAUACAGUUUUAAGAUUGAAAGAUAAUCGUGACGCAGGUAUUCGGAAACUUACUAUCAAGAUGAUUCCAUGUCUAGCAAAGUACAACCCAACGGAAUUUGUCAACAACUACUUGCACAAAUUUAUGAUGCAUCUUCAGUCACAGCUCAAGAAGAAAGAUUCAGACGAACGUGGCUCUGCUUAUAAAGCAAUUGGUGAGGUGGCGUUAGCAGUUGGAAGCAGCAUGGGCCCAUACCUUGAUGGAAUACUUGCCAGCAUAAAAGAGGGUCUCACUAUGAAGGGGCGAAAUCGCUCACAGAGGGCAGAACAGGAAGCGCCGAUAUUCGAGUGUAUUAGUAUGCUGGCCACGGCGGUGGGUCAGGCUUUGACUAAAUAUAUGCACGAUCUACUCGGCUUAAUAUUUUCCUGCAACCUCAGUGUGAAGCUUACCCAGGCCCUGGUCGACUUAUCACAUUACCUUCCUCCUCUCCUACCGACUAUACAGGACCGACUUCUCAAUAUGAUCAGUAUGGUUCUUUGUGGUCGGCCUUUCAAACCUUUGGGGAGCCCUGCAACCGUCCAACCAUCCAUGACAAUUGCAGCGAAGCAAUCCAGAGACGGUAUGACGGCCGAGGAGAGGGAUGCAGAAAUCACAUUAGCACUUCACACCCUUGGUAGUUUUGAUUUUACUAAUCACAUUUUAAAUGAAUUUGUUCGUGAUAUUGCCAUGAAAUACGUGGAAGACGACAACAUUGAGGUUCGAAAAGCAGCCGCACUAACUUGCUGUCAACUAUUUGUGCGAGACCCAAUCUGCUAUCAAACAAGUAAUCAUGCAAUCCAAGUGGUUGGUGAAGUAAUGGAAAAACUCUUAACUGUGGCUAUUGCCGACUCAGACCCCGAUAUCCGUAAAACGGUUCUGCUCUCGCUCGAUGCUCGUUUUGAUAGGCAUCUUGCAAAGGCAGAGAACGUUCGAUCUCUGUUCUUGGCCUUAAACGAUGAAAUCUUUGCUAUUCGAGAGGCCGCGAUAACUAUCAUUGGACGGCUUACCCUUCAUAAUCCUGCAUAUGUUAUUCCUUCCCUUAGAAAAACCCUUAUCCAACUACUCACAGAAUUGGAAUACUCCAAUGUUCCCCGGAAUAAAGAAGAGAGUGCAAGGCUUCUCAGCCACUUGGUCGCUGCAUCGCAAAAGCUCAUCAGACCAUACGUCGAGCCAAUAGUUAGGGUACUUCUCCCUCGGGCCCGUGAUCCUAGCGCAGGGGUGGCCUCAAGCAUUUUGACAGCCCUAGGAGAGCUUGCAACUGUUGGUGGAGAGGAUAUGAUUCCAUAUAUCCCGCAGCUAAUGCCGCUUAUCAUUGAGACCUUACAAGAUCAAAGCUCGCCAGCAAAAAGAGAUGCCGCCUUGAGAACUCUUGGCCAAUUGGCUAGCAACUCGGGAUACGUAAUCGAUCCCUAUGUUCAGUACCCCCAGCUCCUCACUAUAUUGGUAGGUAUCGUCAAAACCGAGCAAAACACUACACUGCGAAAGGAAACGAUCAAAUUGAUGGGUAUUCUGGGGGCCUUGGAUCCUUACAGACAUCAAACUGUGGAGCGGACCUCUGAGCUUAUCUCAACCGAUCAAGUUCAUGCCGUCACAGACGUGUCUUUGAUUAUGACUGGACUGACCCCCUCGAAUGAAGAUUAUUAUCCUACUGUGGUUAUCAAUUCUCUCAUGAACAUGCUAAAAGACCCUUCCCUCGGUCAACACCACUCUUCCGUCAUUGAUGCUAUCAUGAACAUUUUCAAGACUCUUGGGCUGAAGUGUGUUCCGUUUUUGGGUCAGAUUAUUCCCGGGUUUCUGUCUGUUACUCGGGCUUGUCCUGCUAGCAAGUUGGAUUCAUACUUCAACCAGCUGAGUAUCUUGGUUUCGAUUGUGAAGCAGCAUAUCAGGAAUUUUCUGCCGGAUAUUCUACAGCUCAUCAGAGACUAUUGGGAUUCCACUCCGACUCUGCAGACCACAAUUCUUCAACUAGUUGAGGCCAUCGCGCAUUCUCUAGAAGGAGAAUUUAAAGUUUAUCUCGCACAACUACUUCCGCUAAUGCUAAAGGUUCUUGAAAUGGCCGAUCCCAAUCGCCCUGGGCCACAGGAAAAGGUUCUCCACGCAUUUGUUGUAUUCGGCUCUAGUAGUGAGGAAUAUAUGCACCUUAUCCUUCCGGUUAUCGUUCGAAUGUUUGAGAAGCCCAGCCAGAAGCCACAGACAAGAAAAGUUGCAAUGGAAACAGUGGCAAGACUGUCAAGGAAGGUCAACAUUUCUGACCAUGCGUCGAGGAUUGUGCACCCGCUGUCCAGGGUAUUGAUGUCUGGGAGCAACGAUCUGAGAGUUACGGCAUUGGAUACGCUUUGUGCUCUUGUGUUCCAGCUAGGUCAUGAUUAUGCUCAUUUCAUCCCCAUGAUUAACAAAAUUUUACAAGCGAACAAGAUUUCUCACGGAAAUUAUGACUUACUUGUUGGGAAGGUACUGAAGGGCGAACCUUUGCCUCAAAAUCUAAGCCCCGAUGAUGUCGAGAAAGCAGACGAAGUUUCUUUUGCGGAUUUCGGACCGAAGAAAUUGCCAGUAAAUCAGCAACAUCUCAAGAAUGCAUGGGAGGCUUCUCAACGAUCAACUCGCGAGGAUUGGCAGGAAUGGAUCCGCCGAUUCAGCGUUGAACUUCUGAAGCAGUCACCCUCUCAUGCCUUGAGGGCCUGUGCAGGACUGGCGGGAGCAUACUAUCCAUUGGCUCGGGAUUUGUUCAAUGCCGCGUUCGUAUCCUGCUGGACAGAGUUGUAUGAUCAGUUCCAGGAAGAAUUGGUUCGCUCCAUCGAGACAGCCUUAAUUUCGCCACACAUUCCGCCUGAAAUCUUGCAGAUUCUUUUGAAUCUUGCCGAAUUCAUGGAGCACGAUGAUAAAGCGCUUCCAAUCGACAUUCGAACGUUGGGAAUGUAUGCUGCAAAAUGCCAUGCUUAUGCUAAGGCGCUGCAUUACAAGGAACUGGAAUUCCUUCAAGAACCACAGCCGAGUGUCAUUGAGGCACUUAUCAGUAUUAAUAAUCAACUGCAACAAUCUGACGCUGCCAUUGGUAUUCUUCGAAGAGCCCAGGUCUACAACGACGUCCCCCUUCGAGAAUCGUGGUUUGAGAAGCUACAGAGAUGGGAAGAGGCUCUGAAGGCUUAUCAAGAGAAGGAGCUGACUGAUCCCAAUUCAUUUGAUAUUACUAUGGGAAAGAUGAGAUGUUUACAUGCAUUGGGAGAGUGGGAUCAUUUAUCACAACUUGCACAGGACAAAUGGAGGCAUGCUGGUCGCGAGAUACAACGACUUAUCGCGCCACUUGCAGCAGCUGCUGCUUGGGGAUUGGGUCAGUGGGAACUGAUGGAUGAGUAUAUCAUGGUCAUGAAAGAACAUUCGCCCGACAGGAGCUUCUUUGGUGCAAUUCUAUCACUUCACAGAAACCAGUUCGAAGACGCGGCGAAGCAUAUUGAGAAAGCUAGGGAAGGCCUUGAUACAGAACUCAGUGCGUUGGUUGGCGAGAGUUACAAUCGAGCUUAUAGUGUGAUUGUUCGGGUCCAAAUGUUGGCAGAACUGGAGGAGAUCAUCACAUAUAAACAGAAUAAUGACCAGCCAGAGAAGCAGGAGACUAUGCGACGAACCUGGACAAAGCGCCUCAAGGGCUGCCAGAGAAAUGUCGAAGUUUGGCAACGAAUGCUGAAAGUCCGUGCACUUGUAAUUUCGCCAAAAGAGAACAUGGACAUGUGGAUUAAAUUCUCAAAUCUUUGCAGAAAGUCUGGAAGAAUAGGCCUCGCGGAGAAAUCGCUGAAUUCUUUACUUCCACAGAACGAAAGCAUCGGGAAUAUUUCAGGCACAUCAGUACCACCUCAGGUGACAUAUGCGCGCUUGAAGUUUAUGUGGGCUACCGGACAACAACAAGAAGCAAUCGUACAUCUCUUUGAGUUCACUGAUUCGCUUUCAAGAGACUUGAGGAUGAAUCUCGCUAAUAGUAUGGCUCAUCACGGCAUUCCCCCACAACAAGCCUUAAUCCCUGGAAUUGAAGAUGAGCAUACUCGUCUUCUUGCAAGGUGCUAUUUAAAACAGGGCGAAUGGCAGAUUGCACUGUACAAGACAUGGCACGCAGAACCACACACCGCUUACAAGAUUUUGGACUCAUAUCACAAAGCAACCCAGUUCCACAAGGAUUGGUACAAAGCUUGGCACGCCUGGGCCCUGGCCAAUUUUGAAGUUGUCACUGCAGCCACUGCGGCAGAGGGUAGAGAAAAUACACACUUGAAUCAAGAAAUGGUCAGAGAUCAUGUCAUACCUGCUGUGAACGGUUUCUUCCGGUCGAUCUCACUUUCCGCUGGAAGCUCCCUUCAAGAUACUCUUCGGCUAUUGACAUUGUGGUUUGCACACGGUGGGCACCCAGAAGUAAACGUGGCUGUUACAGAAGGAUUCAACUCUGUCAGCAUCGAUACUUGGUUGGAGGUCAUUCCACAACUCAUUGCUAGAAUUAACCAGCCGGACGCAGUAGUAAGGCACUCGAUCCAUCAGCUUAUUGCGGAAGUCGGAAGAGCACACCCCCAGGCUUUAGUAUAUCCGUUGACUGUCGCAUCAAAAUCCUCUUUGUCUAGGCGUCAAAAGUCAGCCGCCCAAAUAAUGGACAGUAUGAAAGCUCAUAGUCAAAAGUUGGUCGAUCAAGCAGAGAUUGUUAGCAAUGAAUUGAUUCGGGUUGCAGUCUUAUGGCAUGAGCUUUGGCAUGAAGGUCUAGAAGAGGCUUCAAGGCUGUAUUUCGGAGAUCAUAAUAUUGAAAUGAUGUUCAAGACUCUUGAGCCGCUACACACUAUGCUAGAAAAAGGACCGGAAACCCUAAGGGAAAUCUCGUUCCAUCAAGCCUUCGGUAGAGACUUGCAUGAGGCAAAAGAAUGCUGCGUUGCAUAUAAGAGGACUAAUGAAGUCGGAGAUCUCAACCAAGCGUGGGACCUUUAUUACCAGGUUUUCCGUAAAAUAACAAAACAAUUGCCUCAACUCAACUCCUUGGAUCUACAAUAUGUAUCUCCAAAACUUCUAGUAGCUGAGAAUCUUGACUUGGCAGUCCCUGGAACGUACGCAACUGGUAAAGCCAUUGUCAGGAUUAUGGGCUUUGAACCCACUUUGAGUGUCAUUUCUUCCAAGCAGAGGCCGCGUAAAUUAACCAUCAAGGGAAGCGACGGAAACUCCUAUCAAUACGUCUUGAAGGGACAUGAAGAUAUUCGACAGGAUGAACGUGUGAUGCAACUUUUCGGAUUAGUAAAUACAUUACUCUCGGUGGACUCGGAGUGCUUCAAGCGUCAUCUAAAUAUCCAACAGUACCCAGCUAUCCCGCUUUCUCAGAACUCGGGUCUGCUGGGAUGGGUACCCAACAGUGAUACUCUUCACGUGUUGAUUAGAGAAUACAGAGAGAGCAGGAAGAUUCUUUUAAACAUCGAGCACAGAAUUAUGCUACAAAUGGCACCUGAUUACGACAACCUAACGCUUAUGCAAAAGGUUGAAGUCUUCGGAUAUGCUUUAGACAAUACCACCGGUCAAGACCUAUACCGUGUGUUAUGGCUCAAAAGCAAAAGCUCUGAGGCGUGGCUCGACCGCCGUACCAACUACACCAGAUCUUUGGGUGUCAUGUCAAUGGUUGGAUACAUUCUUGGGCUCGGCGAUAGACAUCCUUCCAAUUUGAUGCUUGACAGAAUCACUGGAAAAGUCAUUCAUAUUGAUUUUGGUGACUGUUUCGAGGUCGCGAUGCACCGAGAAAAGUACCCUGAGAAAGUGCCAUUUAGAUUGACACGCAUGUUGACCUAUGCCAUGGAAGUCAGUAACAUCGAGGGUAGUUUCAGGACUACCUGUGAGGCAGUUAUGAAGGUAUUGCGGGAGAAUAAGGAAUCACUUAUGGCUGUACUAGAGGCUUUUAUGCAUGACCCUUUGAUGCACUGGAGAUUGGGAACAAAGGAGAGCCCAGCAGAGAUAGGGCCGACUGCGCCUGGUGAGCGGAGACGAAGUGUUAUGACGGUGUUAGAUCCAGCAGAGAUUAUGAGGCUUAGAAGUCUCUCUGUGGAUGGUGAAGAUCAUGAACAAAGAAAACCGGAACAGCAGAAUGAACGAGCGCUCCAGGUUUUAGAGCGUGUCAAGGCAAAACUCACGGGUACGGAUUUCAAGGUGGGAGAGGAGCUAGAGAUUCCCAAACAGGUUGCCAGGUUGAUCGAUCAAGCAACCAAUUUAGAGAACUUAUGCCAGCACUAUAUUGGAUGGUGUUCUUUCUGGUAA